CUCUCUUCUCCCCCAUCCACACAUGUGUGCGUACAACUGCACGCAAAUGUAAAUUGAUAUUUCAGGUCAUAACUAUGUGUUUUAUUUUUCACCAAUAACAAUUAUUAUAAGCAUUUUUGUAACAUGCUGCAAAAAAUACUAUUUUGCCUAAAUUUUAUCUGUGAAUUUUCUAAACUGUAUCGCUUUUGAAAAUACUAAAUUUAUGAAUUAAAAAUGUAAAGUAUCAUCAAUUAAUAUUGAAAAAGGACCAAAUAUAUAAUAAUUAUUGAAUAAUGAAAUAGUAAGUUAUAUUUAAUUUUUGAAAAUGUUAUUAGUAUGCAGAAAGUAAGAUUUAACUUAUUUGUUUGACUUUAUUACUCAUUUCUUAUUUAUUUUAUAUUUCUUCUCAUUGAAUGUAGCUCAUAUUAAGUAAAAAUAUAAAAUAUUAAUGAGAUGCGAUUUAGGCGAUCGAUACAUAGUUAGCUAUUAUCUCUUAAGAAUGUUUCUUUCAUUUAACAAUAUAAAUUACCUGUUACCGUACAAUCUAUAUCUAUAGAUGCUUAUAUGCAAACGUACAAUGAUUUAUCUUGCGACAUUUGCUAUAUUCUAAAUUUACAGACUAUAUAGUUUGAAUAAUAAUAAAUAAUAUAUAUAAAUAUAUUAUUCAAUGCGAUUAAUUAAUAUUUACUUAAUAAGUAAAUAAACAUCUUUCAAUACCAUACAAUCUGAAGAAUCGCUUUCUCGUGAAAAGAUAACUAUACUGUGUGUACUGGUCAACUGUUCAACCGUGAAUGCCACUUUUAUUCAAUAAAUGGCAAAGAUGACUGCGUUUGCGCGAACUGGAAGGAAAAAAUCUAUUUUUCCCCUCGAGAGUAUAUUUCUUAUCGUUUCUAUUUAAUGUGACGAUGAAUUAUCAUUAUAUGUAAUUUCUUUAAUGUCACAUUAUUUACCUAUGUUUCCGCGCAAAGUUAAAAGAUCUAUUAUCGAAAUUGACCUACACGUUAUUUACUUUCUCUUGCUGAAUACAGAAAAUGUUUCAGUUUAAGAGAUAUUGGAUACUAAUAUCAUCUUGAGUAACAGUGUAUUAAGAGCUAACAAACUAGAAAAAACAGUUCACUUACAUCAACUGAGGAAAGGAAAAAAAAACAAGAUAAAUUUUUUUUAUUCUGUACUUACGCACACAUAUGUAGUUUCAACGUACAAUCAAAAUGAAUUUGUUUGAAAGUCGUUAUUUUAAUCUCAACCGUCUUCUCAUGUCAUUAAUUGGUCUAUGGCCUUAUCAAAAGCUAGAAUCCAGAAGAAUUAAAAUGAUUUUUAUAUCGUUUUUCAUGGCAAUAGGUGUAAUUGCACAGUUGCUGAGCUUUGUUACGAUUGAAUACAGUAGGGAUCUUCUUACAAAAGUAUUUUCCUUCUCUUUUAUUAUUCUUAUCUGCACUAUAAAAUAUAAUAUGCUAUAUUUCAAAUCGGAACAAGUAAAGUAUCUUUUCGAACAAAUUCUAUAUGAUUGGCACGCUUUCACUGAUGCAGAAGAAAUGAAAAUAAUACAAAAAUACGCGAAUAAAGGGAGAUCAUUGACUAUUUAUACUGGACUUGUUAUAUAUAUUGGCAUCCUGGUAUUCAUUGUAUUAUUUUUCAUACCGGACAUUCUCGAUAUUGUAACACCAUUGAAUGAGCCUCGGCGUCAUCAACUGCCAGUCACGAUUGAAACCCUUUUCGACCAGGAAAAACAUUUUCUUUUUAUCGUUUUAAAUUUUUUUAUAAUUACUUUUGUAAUGUUAACUGUAUUAUGGACUAUUGAAACGUUAUAUAUGAUGUGCAUACAACACGCUUGCGGAUUAUUGAAACUUACUAGCUAUCGUAUUUUGAACGCAUUCGACAAUCGAUUACAACAGAUAAGUAUACCCAACAAAAAAUUAAAGUGCACCAUCUGUAUUAAAUUGUCUAAAGCUAUCAAGAUUCACAGACGAUCCAUAGAGUUCAUCGAAUGUUUAUGCUCUACUUUUUCUGUUUCCUACUUUAUUCUGUGCGUGUUUAUAGUAGCUUCUUUAAGUAUUAAUUUAUUUGAAUUUUUAAAAGCAGUUGAAUCAAAACAUACGAGCCAAGCGAUUCAUAUUGGUAUGUUCGUUUAUGCUCAUUUAGUUUAUAUAUUUUGGAUUAACUAUUUUGGUCAAGCCUUAAUAGACAAUAGUGCUGACGUAUUUACACAGACUUAUAAUGUAAAAUGGUAUAUGGUAUCAACACAUAUUCAAAAAAAGAUCUUAUUCAUACUACACAGGUCUGCAAAGGACAUCAUGUUUGAUGUUGGCAAUAUAUUUACAUUCUCGUUGGACGGAGUUGCUUUGCUUAUUAACAAAUCUUUGUCAUAUUCUAUGCUACUCUAUUCUACACGGGCAUGAUUUAUAUUGACUUGGCAAAAAUGACUACGAUCUAUAUAUCUUUUUUAUACUUUAAAAAACUGUGCUAUCACGUAAUAAAACUUAUUUCAGCAUGAUA